AUGUCUUUCAGUGAAUUACAGAAACCAGCUAAUCGAAAGCUUUUAUAUAUUCUUGGUGGCAUAUUCAUAUUCAGUUUGAUUAUAUUAAUUACUGGAAUUGUCUUGAUUGCAGUUGGAUCUCAUAAACUUAGUGUUAAAAAGAAUUGUCCACUACCCACAGUUCCUGUUCUCAAUGCAUCAACUAUUUCUGCCACUUCUUGGGAUCCAACGAUCCCUUGGAAUGAGCAGUAUUUGAAUAUAUCUUCUCGUCCUUACAGCUCUUUGAAGAGUAGACUUCAGGCUGAAUCUCUGGCUAUCUUAUCUUCAAUGCGAAUGUCUCCAAUGCCAAUCGCAGCAAUCGUUGAAGGAUUCCAACCAUCUCCCAUUAAUGGAACUGUUUUCUAUACAACUUAUAUAUUCACGGUUGCCACUCCACCAACUAGCAGCUUACAGAAACACUUAGAUCAAAGAUGGAAAACUUACACGAAUACUGAUACCUUAUCUCAGUGUAGCAGUGUGUUCAUCCCAGACUUCAAUAACCCACUUCCACCAACUUAUAGCCCGGCCACAGGUAACACCGGAAAACCAACUCCUCCUCUGCCAGUUGGAGCUUUUUGUGAUGCAAAUCAGAAUAACGUACAAACUACAUUCUUGGUUGAUGUUGCUCGACCAUCUUACGGUACAUUGGAUGAUAAGUUAACCAAGAUUAGAAACUAUUUGUCGGCUUAUGAUGAAGCUAUCGGUUUACACUCAACACAAUGGAAAAGUACACAAUUUGAUCUGAUUGUCUAUAACGGACUCGGAGCAACUUCUAUUGGAACUUGUACUUCUGAUGACUGUUGGCAUAAAACUGUUGCUCAGCUGAACUCUACUAAUGUAAAUCCUACAUUCAAUGACUACCACACACUUAAUAAUGGACUCACUUACAUUUCCAACAUAUUGAGCAUGCCCAUCAUUGGUCAAGGAAAGAGCAUCAUCAUCAUCUCCGAUGGAUACGAUAUCACCAACGAUCCACCAAAUGUUCUCGCUGCUGACUUAAAGGCUCACGGAUUCUACAUUGGAGCUGUUGUCGGAACAGUGAACGAAGUCGCCAGAAAAACUUUCCAAAGUAUUGUUUCUGCUGACUCAUUCUACUAUCCCAUUGACGAUUUCACUUGGCUCAAUAACCGAGGUGUAUUAGCUUCCUCCGCCCAAUGGACCUGUGAUGCUUACUAUGCUACUUCUCCUGCACCAACUAAGCCGUCUACUCGAAUUCCUCUCAUAACAACACAAGCUCCAGUAACACCGAAACCUGUUUAUACUACACCAAGUCCUAACGCUCCAGUUCCAAGAUGUCCCGUCGAUGUUCUAUUCUUGGUCGAUGAUUCAUCUCUUAUGAGUGUCAGCACUGGCUUUAAGAACUCCCUUGUGUUCACUCUCACUACAUCCAAUAUUAUUCAACAAGCUCACAACGACAGUCGAUUCGGUUUCAUAAGUUUCAACAACGCUGUUGUUUUCAGUACAUCUGAUUAUUUACCUCGUGAUAAGUUCGUUGCUGCCCUCAAUUCUCUCACUUCAAAACCUUCUUAUACUCGGCUAUCAGUAGGAUUUGCUGCUGCUGAGAAGUUUGUCAGCCAGAAAGCUCGUUACGAUCAACAUGGAGUGCGAUCACUUAUGUACUUCCUCUCAUCAGGAACCAAUAGUAAUGACUCUGAGGUUUAUGAUUCUCAAAAGCACAGUCACAACUUGAGAACUCAAUACGAAACUCAAAUCAUCGCACUUGGCAUAGAUGAGAACUUGUAUGAGAGUUAUCUUACUGAAAAUGCUAUUGAUUACUACACAAGAGAUGGAUCUAUCGGAUCAUCUUUCAUGAAUGUGAGUUCUACCAAUGUAGGUAACAAUAGCACCAUCGGACCAGCUUUGAACUUGAUUCAAUGCAAAGAAGUCGGUUGUAGCACAAACUUAUACUUCGCCAUGGAAGUCUCAAGUAUUGAGGGUCGUGACAUGGUCGAAAUUCAACGAGAAACUAUAGAAAACCUGAUUGCCAUUUACUCCGAUAAGUUCUAUACUACUGGAGGAAAGCUUACGCUCGUUUACUACUCAUAUCCUGAUAACACUGGAACUCUCUUCGCCAUGAAUGACAACCCGACAGAUGCUGUCAACCAAUUGAACACAACGAGUUUCCAACCUUUCGGUUCUGGUUCCAACAUUGUUUUCGGACUAAAUGAGUUAUUGGAUGUCCUUGAUCUCGAUCAAUCCGGUAAUAACAAAGUUGUUGUUCUGUUCGGAAGAGGAGCAUCUGAUCCUAGUAUGGAUCCCAGUCCGUUAGGACAACUUCUUCGUUCGAAAGCAACAGUUCAAGGUGUUGUCUUAGGAAAAUAUCCCGAUCAAUCCACAAUGGAGAAAAUCACAGGAAGAAAGGCCAUUGACGGAAACUCCUUGAUAUUCACAAACGCUCUAGGCCAAGUGAAUGUCACCACCAGCUCCAGUCAGCUUACAGUCCAAUUAUACACUGCCAUCAAUGGUUUCUUCGCUAAACCAGUUUGUCAACCCGUUCCAACAUUGAACAAAGUUUGUGACCAAUUCGAUGAUGUAAACAUCAUUUUGCAUGGAAGUGAUCGUUCAACAUGGGACACGAUUAAAACUUUCGCAGCUAACUAUGUGAUUUCUUCCUUGUACGGAGGCCUAAAUGAUAAUCAAAUAAACGAGGGAUCGCCCGUUAACUUAGCUGUAAUUACCUACUUCGGUAGUAACGUUACUCCUGUACUCGCUAUGGAUGCAGUCAAAACUUCGCAAGGCAUUUAUGAUACUAUAAUGAGCUUGCCUUAUCAGAACGUAACGUCAACAAUCACAAACCUUCUUUCAAGAUCUUAUCGUCAGGCUCAUCAACAAAUGGAAAUUGGAAGAUCUGUAGCUAGUAAAACACUCUUAGUUAUAACUGACACCGUCGAUUUUGCUGAUUAUCAAUCGGCUCUCAACGAACGUGGCCGUCUUCCAUAUUCGUACGUAUAUGGUAUCAAAGUUAAUGGAAAGUCUGGUGACAUCAUUCCUGGACAGAACGACGGAAUAUCUGUUUCAAAUGCUCAAUCGUUGAGCAUGGAUAAUCCUAGAACUGCAGUCGUUUUGGCUAAUCAAGUUUACAAUGCCUUAUGCCGAGUUUACGAACAGCCAAUUAUCCCACCAAGCACUACACCAACUGCACCUAGUACUCCUGCACCUAUACCUCCAGUCAAAGUCAGAGACAUUUGGCCCGAUAUUACGAUUCUCAUCGAUGUUUCCAAUCAAAGUUUUGUCAGCUUCCAACAAACUAAACUUUUCCUCCAAACCACUUUCCGUGACCAGUUCUACAUCGGAGCUAAUGGUUCCCGCUUCACUGUAGCCACUUUCGACAAUUCAGCUACUAACGUCAUUUGCACAUUCUCCGAUGUUGUCAACUACUGGAGUUUGUAUGAGUGUUUGGGAUCCCGUUUGAGUUACCUUUCCGUAUCUGCCGAUAAUACUCGCGAUAUUGAUCAAGCUCUAACAUACUUGAAUACCAACGUCUAUAGCUCGAUCGCUAAGAGUAGUUUUGAGCCUUUGAAGGAGAAUUACAUGUAUGUGUUCUCUCUUGGUAGCUCAUCUACGGACUUCUCCAAAUCAGUGGCUACUAUUCGACAACAACAAGUCAGAACUAUUGCGGUUGACCUAACAAAGACUAUGACUGCUUCGGAACUCAGCCGAUUUGGUCCCGAUAGUUAUGCUAUUACGAAUUGGCAAUCUGAUGAAGUUCGUGCAGCCCUUUCAAGUGUGAUCUUAGCUCAGGCGACCACCAGACCUGCUCCUGCUAUCAACUCUUUCUACUCUAACUUCUAUUUUGUUGUUGAUCAAUCCCUGGAGAUUAUUAACGAUAUUCAGAAUGUGAGAACAUUUGUGAAGAACUUUGUCAACCUUCUCACCGUUAACGAUCACAGAUCGAGCGUGUCUAUCAUUCCAUUCGCAGACUCUGUUAGUAACAAUCACUUGGAUCUGACAUCUAACUCUGAUACCGUUCAAACAUUCUUGAGUUCUUGGAUUGCUACACCAUCUGGAAAGUCGAACAUAGGAAGCGCCAUCUCAGCAGUUGACAAAAACAUUAAGAAGAUCACGAAUAGUCGGCAAAACUAUGUUAUUUUCCUAGUUGGAGCAAAUCAAACAAACAACCCUGACGUGUCAUCAUUACUUGCCGAUAAUGCUAUCCUUUAUGUACUGGAUUACAAUAACCGAAUCAAUUAUGCCGAUUUACUAACCGGCGACAGCUCUUCUAUCUUCAGAGUGGACGGAAGUGCUUCUCUAGAUGAUUGGUCCGAAGGAAAGUUCCCUGUUCCACUUCGUGGAAGAAACCCAAUGAAUGUGUUCUUUAACAACCUUUUCGAUGAUCAAUUGGCAUAUGAUUCCACGAACUUCCCUUCGGAUGAAAUCGCGGCCGAUGUUCUCAUUUUCCUCGACGAAACCGGAAUGAGCGAUUCUGACUUUGCCUAUAUGAAACAAUUCUUGAUCAAUUUCGUUGAUAAGUUCACAAUCAGUAACCGCGACACUCAGUUCGCUCUUCAAGCCUUCAAUGGUCAAAACAUUCCAGAGGCCGGUUUCCAUCUUUGGGAAUCUAAGAGCAAUCAAGCUAUUAAAGAUAAAAUCUCAAAUCUCCACCUUGAACAAAACCCAACGACAGCCGCCAGUGACUUGACGGGAGCCAUAAAUCAAGGCUUAUCAUUCUUCUUGGACCCCAAGAAUGGAUGGAGAGAGGGAGCUACUACUUAUAGUUUAUUGUUCACAAACUCUAACAACUUCUAUCAGAACUCGAAGCAAACUGCUCAAGCUCUGAAGAUAACCGACACAACCAAAGUGUACGGAGUUUCCACGAAUGGAGAGAGGCCAACAUUUGUCACACAGUUCAUCAACACCGGAUUCCAGCAAACUGUUAGCUCUCCACAAUUCUUAAAGGCCGAGUCCGGAGUAGGACUCAAUCUGCUGAGCGCCAUUACAUCAGAAUAUAAAGAACAAGUGUAUCCAUCAUUACCACCUCUCAGAACAAUCAACGCUGAUCAUAUAUUCCUUGUUGAUAAUUCUGGCUUGAGUCCACUUCAAUUAUCUCAAAUCAAAGUAUUCUUGAAAACAUUUAUCCAAGACGUUGGAGACUUUAGUACUGGAGACGCAAGCAGACUCUCGGUAGUUAACUACAACAGUCAGGGAGUUGUACUUCCAACUUCAUGGCCCCUCUCUUCAUAUUCAUCAGUAGAUCAAUUGAAUAAUGCAAUCGAUGCUAUUUAUGCAAGUAGCACUGAUCUACCUCCUGAUCUCAAUGCAGCUAUUCAAUACUUCGCAUUCGACCCGGAAAGUGCCGGACUUAAUGUAAAUAGAACAGUGUUCGUAACCGCUUUCCUCCAAUCAUCAAACAUUUCUUCACCAAUCCCAGCUUUAACUACUAAGACAAUUAACCUCAAAUAUUUCACUUACGCUUUACAACUUGGAGUAACCAGUCCUUUACCAUACUUGAACCAGUUCUUGGGAACCAGCUACGACGAUGCUUAUUCCGUUAUCUCAGAUCCUUCUCAGUAUAAAACAGUUUCAAGCGUGAAUAACCCAUUCAACAGCUUCAACACUUACAUGCAAUCAGAAUACGUCGCCUAUCAGAGAACGUAUGGUGUCUAUUAA